AUGAACUCAUCUGAAAUCGGUCUCAUGCCCGUGCAGCAUAAAGGUGAAUCACAUGAUCUCUCAUUCGUCACAUCAAAGACCUCAGCUGAAAUAAGAUCGAGGGAUCUACCCUCCUCUCCAUCGGUAUCCUCCAAUCCCAGCGCCGAAGCUGCUCCUUCACCGGCGGCUGCAUCCAACGGGGACGAUCAGCACCAGCGGUCGACAGAGGUGAAGUUUGUGGCUGCAGCGGCUGCACAAAUCAAGCGUAAGCGAGGUCGUCCACGGAAGUAUACGUUUGAUCCGUUCCCUUCUCAAGUAAGCGGUGCCCCACACACGCGCCUGGGUCUCUCCUCAGCAUUUCCUACGGUUGAAGCAAAUGGUCUGCUGCCAAGUGAUCCUAAUGGGUCGGGUGCCUUGGACCAGCCUAAGAAACCGCGCCUCGGUCGGCCCUCGAAGACUUACAUAUCUGCAUCAAAUACCACGGAUACUUCUACAAGUAUGAGGAGUGUUGAAGUGAAAGAUCCACCCCAUGGCUCUGCCGUGGGGGCCACCACAUCUGAGCAAACCCAUCAACAGCAGCUGCACCACGAUUUGGUCUCGAAUAAAUUCCACUCUCCUACAGUUUCGACUGCUCUCUUUCCCAAAAUCAUCUCUUAUCCUUCACAAUCUCCCGCCCUCCUCAACGGGCACACCAAUGGCGUUAACGGCACACCUAGCAGCACCGUUAAUACAACUGCACAAAUGGUUCAUUCUUCUUCAGCUACGCUGUCCAAUGCGCCUUUAAAGUCUUCAGCCCCGGUACUCAUGGAGUACUACAAUGGACCUUUCAUUAACGGUGCGAUUGCUGGCCCGGCGGCUGCGCUGAUGUCUCCUCCCCCACCGCCGCCGAUUCCUGCCACGCAAUUAGCUGCCGCUGCUUGCAGCACUAUGGAAGCUGGGUUAAUCCGCCGACUUCUUCCGCAGGCUGAGGCGGCAGUGAGCGCCACUAGGGCCGGUGGCUACCCUGGUCCGCACGCGUGGACUGCAGAAAUGGUAGGAUCUUUCAUUGCCACGUUGCCAGGCUGCCAAAAUUUAUCUCGGACGUUUGUCGAAAACGAGAUUGAUGGCGCUGCACUGCUGUGUCUAGAACAGCAUGACCUCAUGUCGAUUCUGAAGUUGAAACUUGGACCGGCAGUGAAAAUUUUUGGAGCCAUCAGAACCCUCCGCCAGGCCUUCCUUUCUAUUCCGUAUAAUGAUUUGACUGCAGAUCACUCAUCAAUGUUGGCCACUGUGGUCUCCUGUUUCCCACCACUCACUGCUGUGUCAGCAACUCAGACGUCGGGUUCGGCAACGGGCAGUAGCGCUGCUUUCUCCAUAAACAAUCUGGCUGUAGAGGAGGCAUCAUCUGCUGGUUCACCACCGCCUUCGGGAUCUGUCGGAGUAGUCGUCGUGAAUGGAGCUGGAGGACGUGGUUCACCGUCGCUGGUUGUUGGGACUGCAGAGAAACCCAAUCAUUAG